AUGGCUUUUGUGGUAGGUCAAGGGGGCAAGAAACUGGUGUUAUCUUUUGCUGCCAAGAAAUGGAAGGAUUUCAAGUCUACACUAACAAGGCAUCAUAUCCUUCCAUUCAUCAAGGAGAAGGAGAAAUUAAGCCAACCCCCUGAAAUAUAUAAAUUCAUAGAGAAAGCAGACUGGGAUGCCAUUGUAGCUUCAAGGUUAUCUGAAAAAUUUGUGUCUGUGCAUUUUGAACAAUCACAAAGGAGGGAGAAACUUGAGUACAAUCAUCGAUUGUCUCGAAAAGGAUAUGCUGGUUUGGAGGAUCAGUUGGAGGAAACCAUGCCCGGGGUAGAAAUUGAUCGAUCUACCUUAUGGAAGAAAGCUAGAGAAGACAAACAUAGUAACAUCCCGGAUCCAAAGGAUGAAUUGCAAAAACAAGUCUCUGAAAGCACUCUUACUGUAUCAGGAAGUAAUGAUGUGUUGACAAUGACUUUGGGUCCCGAGCAUCCAGGAAGAGUUAGAGGGGUAGGGGCUGGGAUUUCCACUAAGCAAUACUUCAAUUUACCUAAACAACAGAGGGUAAAGUUUGCCGAUCAAUUAAAGGAAAGUGUAAGACUUGUCCUUCAAGAAGAGACUUUGAAGAUGGAGGCUAGAACCAAGCAAUUGGUAGAAGCUGAGAGGGAAAAUUUGCUGAGUCAGCUUUCCCAACUCUUCCCCAAUUUUGAUCCAAGCAUGCUGAAACUGAAAACUAACCCUUGUCAAAUCCAAGGUCAAGAGCAAAGUCCCAAAAAUCCAAUGUUGGACAAAGCAAGCUGCUCUGGGGCUCUUGAUGUCAGAGCCUUACAUUUUGAGGAUGAUACUGCCAAGAAUGGGGAAAAGCAGGAUGAAAUGAAUACUGAAGUACCAAAUUAUUCAAAGCUGGAGUUGCCAUCUUCUUUACAAUCCCUUUGUCGUUAUGCGGAAACGACACUAAAGCCUCAGGAGAAGACUAUGACCUUUACAAUUGAGAAGGAGGUGUUUGGCAUAGAUUGUACUACCUUCGUCUUGCAUGAAGAUAUUACAUAG